AUGUUCAGUCGCACAGUAGCAGUAGCUCACGCCAGCCGCGGCACAACGUUUCUUAGAAAUCGUUAUUCGGUUGGCUUAAUACGACGGUAUUCUGCUGUAAAUGACGAGCGAUCCUCUCUCCCUUUGGCAGGUUAUCGUGUUCUGGAUAUGACUAGGGUCCUAGCCGGCCCAUAUUGUACACAAAUUCUAGGAGACCUUGGCGCAGAAGUUAUUAAGAUUGAACAUCCUACGCGCGGGGAUGACACGCGGGCUUGGGGGCCGCCUUAUGCCAAAUACCGAAACGGGUCCAAAGAAGAAGGUCCAGGAGAGUCUGCCUAUUUUUUGGGUGUCAAUCGCAACAAGAAAUCUUUGGGUCUAUCAUUCCAGCAUGCCGAGGGCGUGGAGAUCCUGCAUAAGCUAGCAGCAAAAUGCGAUAUUCUUGUAGAGAAUUACCUCCCGGGGACGCUAAAGAAGUAUGGGAUGGAUUUUGAGACACUUCAUAAAAUCAAUCCAGGCCUCAUAUACGCCUCGAUUACGGGAUAUGGCCAGACGGGGCCUUACUCUCAGCGGGCUGGUUACGAUGUCAUGGUCGAAGCGGAAUUCGGGCUGAUGCAUAUUACCGGUAACCGAGAUGGGCCGCCAGUGAAGGUUGGUGUUGCGGUCACGGACUUGACGACAGGACUCUACACUAGUAAUAGCAUCAUGGCUGCCCUGCUCUCCCGGGCAAAGACUGGUCGAGGUCAGCACAUCGAUGUCGCCCUGAGCGACUGCCAGACUGCCACGCUAGCAAAUAUUGCUAGUAGUUGUCUCAUCAGCGGGAAGAAAGAUUCAGGCCGAUGGGGCACGGCUCAUCCAUCGAUAGUCCCAUAUAAGUCAUUCAAAACUAAGGAUGGCGAUGUGUUGUUCGGUGGUGGGAAUGAUAGGUUAUUCGGGAUUCUAUGCGAUGGUCUUGGCCGGCCGGAAUGGAAGACAGAUCCAAAGUACAGCAUCAAUUCGCAGCGGGUAGCAAACCGUGUAGAGCUCGAAGCCGAAAUCGAGAAGCUCAGCGUUCAAAAGACGACACAAGAAUGGUUGGAGAUCUUUGAAGGCAAGGGAAUGCCGUACGCAGCAGUAAACGACGUCCAGGGGGCGUUAAACCACGAACACACUAAAGCACGAAACAUGGUAGUCGAGGUAGAACAUGAGCAAUGCGGACCGAUAAAACUAGUAAAUACGCCGGUAAAAUAUAGCGAGAGUAAGCCGAGAGUCCGGACCGCACCGCCAACUUUAGGUCAACAUACGGACGAAGUUCUCGAGGAUAUUCUUGGGUUCGAAACUAGUGAUGUGGUUGCGUUGAGAGAAAAGGGGGCUAUUAGAUAG